AUGCGCUGGGUGCCCGGGGUGGUGGGCGUGUCGAUCCACCGCGGCAGGGGCCGCACUACCGCGCCGUCCGUCCGCUACGCGGUGGAGCUAAGCCGGGGCCAGAAGCGACAGCGCGUCACGCUGGACCAGCUCCGGCCCCCGCUGCGCGAGGACACACGUCUGGGGAGGUUCGGCCCCCAUCGCAGGCAGGGCGCCUUCCUCGCGGCCACCAUCGGCGGGGCGCACGCCAGCACGGCCACCCUCGGCUACAAGGUGCUCCUGGCGGGCACGGCGUUGCCCGUGCCCGGUGUGCCCGCCUCGCACCUGCGGCGCGUCUUCGUGGCGGGGGACGCCGUCCUGGUGUACCGGGGGCCGGCCGCCGGCUGGGCUUCCGCAGAGGUUGUGGCCGAGCCAGUUGCCGGAGGCAAGCAGGCAGCCCUGCUGAUGCCAGACUUCGUGGGCGGCGGCGGCUGGCUCGAGGCCGGCGUUCAGAUCGUGCCCAACCGCAGCGGCAAGCGGGUAAACAGCAUGGGCAGCAUCGGCAGCAUGGGCAGCAUGCCGCCGAGCAUGCGCACCGUCGACAGCGCCGCCGACUCGCCCGACUCGCCCGUGUACGCCCGCAGGAGCAGCGCCGGCAGCAUCUGGAAGCUGCCCAGCCGCAGGAAGAGCACCGAGAGCGUCCGCGGGUCGCCCAGCCGCAGGAUCGGAGCACCGACAGCGUCCGCGAGUCGCCCAGCCGCAGGAGCAGCGGCAGCAACGUCCGCGGCUCGCCCAGCCGCAGGGACAGCACCGACAGCGUCCGCGGCUCGCCCAGCCGCCGGAGCAGCGGCAGCAACGUCCGCGGGGGUCCCGCCGCCGCCGGCGGCACCGCGGGCCCGCCGCUGCCGCGCCUGCUGUCGCGCGGCCGGCUGCCCGACCUGA